GGAGUGGUCUGGAAUUCUGCAACCGUAGCUCCGAAGUGACAGGCAAAAUGAAGGACUUGCUAUUCAUGAUGGCCUUCUAUGGAGCACUUUCUUCUGCCUUGCCCGUAGUUCAAGAUGGUGAACAAGCUGCAGAAAAGGACAUGGAAUUUGCCAAGAAAUUCAUUGAACAUUACUACCCUGAUACAGAACCAACAUCUGUUGCGAGAAACAAAUUCAGAAGUAGUGUACCUGCCGAAAAAAUAAGACAAAUGCAGGCAUUUUGGGGGCUGGAAGUGACAGGCAAGCUGGAUUCAAACACUCUGGAUGCAAUGAAGAAACCCAGGUGUGGGGUUCCUGAUAUAGGAGAAUAUAAGACUUUUGCUAUGUCUCCAAAAUGGAGAAAGAGAGACUUGACAUAUCGAAUUCAAAACUACACACCUGACAUGAAUACUAAAGAUGUUGACCAUGCAAUUGAAAGAGCCUGGAAACUGUGGAGUGAUGUGACCCCACUGACCUUCACCAGGGUUUAUGGAGACUCUGCAGAUAUAGAGAUCUCUUUUGCCUCUGGAUCCCAUGGAGACUAUAUUCCCUUCGAUGGACCAGGUCAGCAACUGGCCCAUGCAUUUUCACCCGCUUAUGGUGGAAAUGUCCAUUUUGAUGAGGCUGAAACCUGGACAAAGGAUCUAAAAGGAACUAAUCUUUUUCUUGUGGCUGCUCACGAGUUUGGCCACUCCUUGGGUCUUCACCAUUCCGAUGUUCUGGGGGCUCUCAUGUUUUCAACCUACCAACCCGUGGAGCCACAAAACCUAAAGCUCCAUAGAGAUGACACAGAAGGCAUACAGCAGCUUUAUGGAACUCCUGGAGAUUAUGACGGUGGUGGUGACAGUGACGAUGACCUUUUGCCAACAAAUAUUCCAGAAGUAAUACUUUUGACAGAUUUGUGUGACCCACACCUGGCUUUUGAUGCUGUCACUACUCUACGGGGUGAAAUACUAUUCUUCAAAGACAGCUUUAUGUGGCGGAAGUUUCCCCAUACAAAAGAGAUUGAAAAAAACAGCAUUUCUUCUUUCUGGGUCACUCUGAGCAGCAGCAUAGACGCUGCCUAUGAAGUUGAAGAGGACGACAUGGUCUAUCUUUUUAAAGGGUCAAUGAUUGCAAACAUCCAGCCUGGUAUGAUUGAGUAG